GUUUCAAAACUAGUCAGUUAAAAUAGUUAAUAAUCUCUUUGGUCUCCUCUUAAUAGUAGUAACAAAGUACAAUACUAACUUGGAACGUUUUGAUUCGGCCUUAGCUUCUAACGCUUGUUACUUUACUAUUUUCCGACAAAGGUCCCACGACUCUUGUCUUCAUUUGCUCAUACACUGUCUCUGAUCUAAUCUCUUCUUCUUCUUUUUCUUCAACUUUUUGUUCUCAUCAUCAUGUUUGGUGGGUUAUCUUCACUUUCCGAUUCUUUCUGGUGAGCAUUAAAUGGGGGAUAUGGAAGUUGCUAUUGCCAGUGGUGAAGAUAAGAUAAUGAAAGCAAAUAAAGAAAUGCAAGUGUCUGUAUCUUUUGGCAAGUUUGAGAAUGAUUCACUUUCAUGGGAGAAAUUCUCUUCCUUCUCUCCAAACAAGUACUUGGAAGAAGUGGAGAAAUGUGCAACUCCAGGAUCAGUAGCUCAGAAGAAGGCCUACUUCGAAUCACAUUACAAGAAGAUCGCUGAGAGAAACGCCGAGAUCAUCUUGGAGCAGGAGAAGAAACAGUUGGAGAGGAAUCAAUCUUUCAGGCAAAGUCUUGAGAAUAGUGGAAACAGAAACAGUGUUAUGAUUGAGUCUAGCGCUUGUUAUGGAUCUGAUGGCGAAUCUACUUCAGAAAAAGACAGGAUUGUGAACAGCAUUGCUGCUGAAGAGAAUGAUACAUGUAACCAUGAGCCUCUUGAAGAAACUAUAAAGGUUGAGGUUGUGGAGGAUCUGAGUACCCUGAAGAUGGAGAAACUUGAAGAGAUUGUUUGCGUUGAGGAAAUGGAGGAUAAAGAGAAACCAGAAGAGGUUGUUUUUAUAGAGGAAGAAGUAAAAGAAGAUAUUUCUUCAAAGGAUACACCAUUGAAGGAGACGAAGAAAAAAGGUCAACAUCUAACCAAGAAUACGGAUACAAAUGUGAGAACAAACCAUACAAGAACCUCUCCCAAGCCUAAUCAGGUGACCAAGAAGCCAGUAGCUAGUAGGAAAACUCAACUAAGCAAGGAGAAAAGCAUGAUCAAAGCAACAACAACAACAACAAAUAAAGCAGCAUCACCUUCACCUGUCUCAAAAGCCUCAAAGUAUUCAACCCCAAGAGUGUCCAAACCAGCAUCAACAACCACUUCAAUGUCUACUUCUCGCUUUAUAGUAAAGAAGGAGAAUGUCUCGGCUUUACCGAGAAAGAAACAAACCGCUCCAAAGACGUUACACACUUCUCUCAACCUGAACCAACCGAGUUCCGACCCUACUGCUCUUGCUACCACCAGAAAGUCCUUGAUCAUGGAGAGAAUGGGAGAUAAAGAAAUCGUGAGACGCGCUUUUAAGACUUUCCAGAAGAGUUUUGACCAAGUGAAACCAUCUCAAGAUACAGCUCCGAAGCAGGUUCCUGCAAAGGCAACUAGUGUUUCCAAGUUAGCUACUACUGGUCUGAAAGAUAAUGGCAGGCUUGCUAAAUCAGAUGGCACGGAGAAAAAAUGCUCUAACUCUCACUGCUCUUCAUCUUUUGUACCGAAAAGCAUCAGGACAGCAGAGAAACAGGAGCUAUCCAAGCCUGGAGCAAGAGGUGUAGAGAGGAUACGCUUACCGGCGAAACCAAAGGCAGAAGUAACUAAUGCCAAAACUCGGAGGCAAAGUCUUGAUCCAAAAGCAAAAUCCAUGCGAGGACCUCUCCCAAAAGGCUCUUCAGACAAAGUCUUAUGAUGUUUCAAGAAACCUUAUUCUGUAACAGAUGAGCAUUAAUGUUUCUUCUUAUUUCCUAGAGGGUUCCAUGGACUAAGGUGCAAGGAAAGGGAAAAAAUGGAUAGAAAAUCUCCUUUAUUUCAAGCAACACUCAAGAGGUAAAGAGUCAAUGAUGUUAAUGUUAUAUAGAGAAGUGACCAAGUUUCCAUUAGUUAUGUGAGGAAAGUAUUACAAAAAGUCUUUUGUUUAAUGUAUGUGUAUAGAGUCUUGGAAUAUAAACGUGAGAAUGAUGUUAGAUGCUCAGUGGCGGAUCCAGACCGGAUAUUUGACGGGGCACAUAAUUAAUAAAGGGCAAUUGUCAAUAA